UAUAAGCUCUAUAGUCGUAUUAUAUACUUACCAUUGCAGCAACGAUUAAGCAAUUAAUAAAACAUCAAAGUCGCAAUUUAAAAAAGCCACUAUCGUGAAAACAAGAGAAUUAAUUUACAAGUCGUCGCGUACAUUAUAACCUGUACUAGUCGAUUUAAAGUGUUGGGCUAAUCUCACUGCUUAAGUCAAUUUUUUAUUUUCCCUUCUAUAUUCAUUUAAUUUGUUGGAAUUAAAAAUAAGUGAGUACCUGUUAUCGCGCGGAAAGAAUAUUAGAACUGCGAAAUAUGACGAUAUCGGAACACAGGACAUCCAAUCGCUCCAGCCUCUUUUCACUGCCUGUGUCUCCGCUUUUUAUCAUCCCAAUUGUUAAAUGUCCUGUGUAUUUGAUUUGAGAAGAAUAUUUAAUGGAGGUUAUGUUGUUGCAUAGCCAAGAAAAAGUCCCAAAUGAAGAAGUACAAUGUUAGUUAGAACUUUUUCAUAUCAAUGGAUUUUAAUAUUCGUGUUAAUUGUAAUUAUAUUUUAUGAAAAUACACGUUUAAAUUAUUUGGAAGAUAGUAGUAAGAAAUUAAGAGACACUCUUUUGAAAGUUAAGACUGAAACAAAAAGUGAUCCUUUACCUCGACAUCAACUUCGGAUGCAAUCAAAUAAUGAUAAUUAUGUUGUGAUAUAUAAUAGAGUUCCAAAAACAGGUUCAACUAGCUUUGUAGGCGUUGUGUAUGACUUGUGUAAAAAAAAUAAAUAUCAUACGCUGCACAUAAACAUAACAAAUAAUAUGCACACACUUACACUACCUAAUCAAAUACAAUUUAUUCGUAACAUAAGUCAAUGGGAUUCUAUUAAACCAGCAUUUUACCAUGGACACAUGGCUUUUUUAGACUUUAAAAAAUUUGGCCUUGAUAUUAGUCCAUUGUAUAUAAAUUUAUUACGUAAACCAUUAGAUAGGUUUAUUUCAUACUACUAUUUUUUAAGAUACGGAGAUAAUUUUAGACCACAUUUAAUUAGAAGGAAACAUGGGGAUACAAAGACUUUUGACGAAUGUAUUAAUGCAGAACAAGCAGAUUGUGAUCCUAAUAAUAUGUGGCUUCAGAUUCCUUUCCUGUGUGGGCACGAUCCAGCUUGCUGGGAAGUGGGUAAUGAAUGGGCUCUAGAAGAGGCAAAACGUAACUUACAACAGCACUAUCUUCUGGUAGGAGUUACCGAAGAAUUAUCGGAUUUUAUAUUAACUCUUCAGAAUAUCUUACCACGUUUUUUCAAAGGUGCUCAUAAUAUUUUCAUUCAUAAUAAUAAAUCUCAUUUGCGGCAAACAACACAAAAGAUCGAUCCACUUCCAGAAACAAUUAAGAAAAUUCAAAAAACAGUAGUGUGGAAAAUGGAGAAUAAUCUUUAUAAUUAUGCUCUAUCUCAAUUUCAUGCUGUAAAAAAACGUCUUAUUAAUGCUUCCACCCAAGAUGCCAGCCAACGUUUUUUUUAUGAAAAAAUAAGACCUAAGUAGACUAAUUUUAAAUCGAUUAAGUUUUAUACGUUUUAUUCGCGUAUAAAUUAAGACUUAUAAACGAGUAGCACAUAAUUUUCAAAUGUGUUUUUAACAAAUAUUUUUUUAUUUGUGAUUGACAUAUGUG